CGCAUGCGUGCGGGGUACGUCACUGGCCGGACGUUGAGGGAGAAACCUCGAGAGAAGGGAGAAGCGUCUAAAAAGGGAGAAUUCAAAGAUCUGCUUCUCCGUUUGGCAAGUUGGCAUCAAGUAUUUUAAUAGAAUUACAGAGCGAUGGGAACUCCUGGAUCUGGAAGAAAACGUACUCAAAUUAAAGACAGAUUUUCUGCAGAAGAUGAAGCCCUGAGUCACAUCGCUAGAGAGGCAGAGGCGAGGCUUGCUGCCAAAAGAGCGGCUCGAGCAGAAGCAAGAGAUAUACGCAUGCGAGAGCUCGAACGACAGCAGAAGGAGCUCAGUCAUCGCUAUCAUGAUAAAAAAUGGGGACAUAUUCAAAAGUGGAUGGAGGAUUCUGACAAGGCUAGGUAUUCUCACAGGCCCACUCAACGCCCUUACCUGGGGACUUCAAAUCUGACAUCUAGCCGGGGUCUCGACACUCACAGGAGCUCAUCAAUGGAUGUGAUUGGACCACAUAAAAGCAGAGAAAGCACAUCGAGGAGGAGAGACCUUGUGUCGGAUCUUUUGAGAGAUAAAUCUUCAAAGUCCAGCAGAUAUGCAGCAUCUGUAUGUGAAUACAAAACAUAUGAUUCACGAAUGGAUAGCUCCAGAAGAAGUAUUCUAUCCAACCAUGCCUACAGUAGCUCUUAUUCUUCAAAAGAUAAGCCAUCCAAUUUACAUAAAGAUUUGCUGAGUGGACUUUACCAUGAUCAGAGAAAUUAUAGCAGUCUUAAAUAUAGCAAACCCAUCUCUACCUACUAUACUCGGUCGUCUUCCCUUUACAGUGAACCUCUGGCUGUCACAAGAAGUUACAGGACAUCUCCUAGUUUAAAUAAUUGCUUGAUCCGAAGUUCCAGCUCGGCCUCACUAAAUGAAGAUCGGAUUUCUAGUAACUACAGUUCUCGACCUCCUUCUGAGUACAGCCAUUAUUCCUCAAGAGACAGUUCAACCCGAAGCAGUCCUAUGUGUACAGAUGAUGAGGGUUCUGUAUCAUCACGUAGUGCCGGCCGCGGGCGAAGGGAUAGUGUGGCAUCUGACUUUUCUGACCAGAGUGAAUCUGCAGCUGAUUACUUUAGUCGUUCCAAUCGUAGGGGAAGUAUAGUAUCUGAUACGGAUGAUGUCAGCAUCCCUGAUAGCCUUGAUGAGAAAAUUGACAAGCAACACACAGAAACUUACUCAAGGCCUUCUUCUCGAAAUGCAACAACGGGACUACCUGGAACAUUUAGUGGAUCAUCUUCUAGGAGAGGCAGUGGAGAUGCAAGUAGCUUGGUCGAUCCAGAUGCUUCACUCAGUGAGCUACGGGAUAUCUAUGAUCUUAAGGACCAGAUUCAAGAUGUAGAAGGGAGAUACAUGCAGGGACUAAAGGAACUAAAGGACUCUCUCGCAGAAGUGGAGGACAAAUACAAGAAAGCGAUGGUAUCCAAUGCACAACUUGAUAAUGAAAAAAGCAAUCUGGUGUACCAGGUGGACACUUUGAAAGAUGUAAUUGAGGAAAUGGAAGAACAAAUGGCAGAAUAUCACAGAGAGAAUGAAGACAAAACAAAGGAAUUGGAAAGGCAGAAGCAUUCAUGCAGCAUCCUGACACACAAAUUAGAAGAAUUUAAAGAAGGCAUUCGCCAAAGGGAUGAGCUUAUAGAGGAAAACAAAGUCAUUAAGCAGAAAAUAGACUCACUAACUAAAGAGGUGUAUGACCUACAAGAAACUGUUAAUUGGAAAGAUAAAAAAAUUGGGGCAUUAGAGAGACAAAAAGAGUACUUUGACUGCAUUAGGAAUGAGCGGGAUGAGCUCAGAGAUGAGCUGGCUGACAUGAGAGAAAAAACAAAGAAGCAUGGCUUAGUUAUUAUUCCAGAUGGGACACCCAAUGGCGAUAUUAAUCAUGAACCAAUGGUUGGUGCAAUAACUGUGGUAUCACAGGAAGCAGCGCAUGUUUUGGAAUCGGCAGGAGAAGGGCCCCUUGAUGUGAGGCUACGGAAAUUGGCAGAGGAAAAGGAUGAACUAGUGUCACAGAUCAGAAAGUUGAAAUUGCAACUUGAUGAAGAACGUCAAAAAAACACUAAGAUUGACACUACGACAACUGAUUCAGCAGGACUGGAGAACGGGUCGGAUUUGCAGCUAAUUGAAAUGCAGAGGGAUGCUAACAGACAAAUUAGUGAGUUUAAAUUCAAACUUUCCAAAGCUGAACAAGAUAUAACCACUUUGGAGCAAAAUGUAAUAAGGCUUGAAGGACAAGUGGUCAGAUAUAAAUCAGCAGCAGAAAACGCUGAAAAGAUUGAAGACGAGCUAAAAGCAGAGAAAAGGAGACUUCAACGAGAGCUCCGAACUGCUUUGGAUAAGAUGGAGGAGAUGGAAAUGACAAACAGUCACUUAGUAAAACGGUUAGAGAAGAUGAAGGCUAACAGGACUGCACUUCUGUCACAGCAGUGAAAUAGAUGAAAUGCAACAAUGUAAUGCACUGCUCCACAGAACAACGCACCCUCACCUUGUCUUAUUAUGGACUUUCUCAUAAGCACGAUGGUGCAAACUUUGCCUUGGCUUCCCCACCCAAGGUCUUAAAUGCAAAAAAAAAAACAAAAAAAAAAACAACAUCGAUUUUUAAUUUAUGGGAGGAUGAUAAACUGGCAUGAAUGUUAAACCAUGGUGAUUUCUCCUCUUCAAGACACUGAUUCGGGUAAAUUUAAGAGUUGGAGAGCAACACGCUGGAUUACUGGUUUCAGAUAGGAUAUAUUUUCCUUCACAAUAUUAUAAUCAAGUUUACUCACACAUCCUGUUUUUGUUAUUUUGUUUUGUCUGAUGCUUACCUGUGCUGGUGAACAGAAACUACUGCAUAAAAAAGAUAAUCAUCUACAACUUCCUCAGAGAUGCCUAUCCAAUGCUGUGCGAGAUUUAACAGACUAACCCUUUUCCUUAUAAAGUGUGUCGUGUCACAAAUAAGGAGGGGCAUCAUUGGUCUGCCAAACUUGGAGUGAUGUUCAAGAAAUGUCUCUGCUGAUCUCCCUCACAGUUCCACAUUUGUCUCUACUCUACUAAGCAGUACUGGGGGAGUUGCAAGCUGUCGUGUUGUACAGUGCCAUUUAGACAUCUGUAGUGCAGCAGGGAUGGAGUUAAGAUGCCAAGUGCCUUCUUCCUCAUGGUUUUUUCAUCCUUAAUGCUGUUAAACUGUUCAAAGAUAUUUAACAGAAUUGCGCUAACAUUUAUACUUUGGAACGUUACAAUUUUCGGGAAUGUGUACUCAUUAAACUUUAUACAGUUUGCAAAACACUUUUUUGUAAUAGAAAAAAAAAUAUUUUAAUUUGUAUAAGAAAUGUCUGAGAUUGGAACUGUAUAUACAUCUUGCUUUUAUUGCAUGGGUGAUGGCACUGCUGAACAAUAAUAUUUUAAUAAGAUUAAAUCACUUUCAAUGAGACCAGAAACCACAGUUAUAGCUAAAAUAUUUUGCUGUACAUUGUAAAAAUUGUAUUAUCUACUGCUUCAGUGUGAGUGGAGACAAUAAAUUGGGGGAAAAAAACGAGGGACCUAUUAAAUUGACACUUUGAUGGCCAAUUUUAUUGCA